AUGCCAAGCUCUAUAAAUAAGAUGAGGGACUUCAUCAGUUGGAUCAUUUGGGGUCAAGAUGGUGGAUCUUCUACAUUUUUGAGUCGUUCUAUUGAUCUUGCAUUUAUCCUUUUCAAGCAUGACCAAUAUUGUGCUGCUGAGCAAUUGCUUAUGAUGGCGGAAGCACAUUUGCUAAAGGAGAAAACAUCCCAAAGUGUUCAAGAUGCUGAUGAUGGAUGGUGCAUACGUCAUCAUCUUCUAGGAUGUUGCCUACUUGCACAGGUGCAGUAUGGAUUGCAUGCAGCACAGAAGGACAAAAAAAUUUCAGAUGCCAUUCGCUGUUUCUUUAGGUCUGCAUCUGGAAAUGGUGCAUCCGGGGCUCUUCAGAGUUUAUCUGUCGACGUAGGAAUUCCGCAUCUUGGUUUUAGCGGUUGUACAUCAAUUGCGGCGUGGAAGCUUCAAUACUAUCAAUGGGCAAUGCAGUUAUUUGAACGUUAUAACAUCAGUGAAGGUGCUUGCCAGUUUGCUCUUGCUGCACUUGAGCAAGUUGAUGAGGCUCUGCAUAUGAAAGAAGAAAAGUGCACGGACAACUCUGCUAACGAAUCAGUGACAACCAUCAAGGGACGAUUAUGGGCUAAUGUUUUCAUAUUUGCAUUAGAUCUUGGACGGUAUUAUGAUGCAUACUGUGCAAUAAUUUCAAAUCCAGAUGAGGAGAGCAAAUACAUCUGUUUGAGGUGUUUUAUAAUUGUUCUUUAUGAGCAAGGGGCUAUAAAGAUUCUUUGCAGCAACAAACUUCCCCUUAUUGGUUUAGUAGAAAAAGUAGAACAAGAGCUGGCUUGGAAGGCUGAACGAUCAGAUAUUUCUGCUAAGCCAAACUUGUAUAAGUUGCUCUAUGCAUUUCAAUUACAUCAGCAUAAUUGGCGACGGGAAGCAAACUACAUAUACAUGUAUUCUGCUCGUUUGAAAACUGAAGCAGCUUUGAAAGAUAACCAAGGAAGCUCCAUGAUGUUGCAAGAGAGGCUGAAUGCAGUUUCUGCUGCAGUCAAUGCAUUACAUCUUGUUCAUCCUGCAUAUGCAUGGAUUGAUUCGUUGACUGACCGGAAUUCUCUUACUAAUGAAUGUUAUCCAACCGAUAAUGAGGCUGAGACUCAAAAGGGGCAAUCUGCUAUUGAUAUUGAAAAACUUGAGAACGAGUUUGUGCUAACUUCUGAAGAGUAUAUGCUGUCACUAGUAAAUGUCAAGUGGACUUUUUUUGGAAAACCUGGUGCACUAUCAGAUUUGGUUGAUCUCCUUGUCCAAAACAAUUUAUAUGAUAUGGCCUUUACAAUCCUUCUCAGAUUUUUCAAGGGUUCCGGACUGAAGAGGGAAUUGGAAAGAGUUUUAUCUGAAAUGGCAAUAAAAUGCUGUCUUGAUAAAGUAGAAUCCACUUGGAUUGAGGAACAUGGUCAUUUGUUAACAUCAUCAAAGCUCGAGAUGGUUGUCCAUGGUUCACUGGUUACAGUUCCUACAGCUCCACAAAUUGACAGAAAUAGUCGUUGGGCAACUCUCAAGCUUUACAUUGAGAAGUAUAAGGACUUUCACGGUAGGUUGCCAGUUAUUGUUGCUGGAACUCUUCUUCGAGCAGAUCCUAAGAUCGAAUUGCCUCUUUGGCUUGUUCAAUUGUUCAAGGAGGGUCAAAAGGAAAGGAUGUGGGGGAUGACCGGCCGAGAAUCAAAUCCUGCAUCUUUGUUUCAGCUUUAUGUCAACUACGGUCGAUAUGCAGAAGCCACUUAUCUUUUACUCGAGUACAUAGAAUCAUUUGCUUCAAUGAGGCCGGCAGAUAUAGUUAAAAGGAAGAAACCAUUUGCUCUUUGGUUCCCGUACACAACUAUUGAGCAGCUACUGUACCAACUUGAAGAAUCAAUCAGAAUGGGUCACAUGGUAGAUCACUGUGACAAACUCAAAAAGAUGUUACAUGGUUCUUUGCUGAAUCAUCUGAAGAUAUUGAAGGUUGACUCAGAUGAUACAAUAUCUGCAACUUCUUGA